AUGACAAAUAAGUCAAAUUUUUCUACCAUCAAAACGGUGUUAAUUGUAACAUCAAUUUUUCCAAUAAUAAUAAUUACAAUAAGAUUGUUAAAGAGUAAUCCUGUUGUACAACCAGAAGUGACAAUUCCUUUAGGUAAAAUUUUAGGAAAAUAUACAACAACAAGACAUGGAAGAGUCAUCAAUGAAUUUAUUGGAAUUCCAUAUGCAAAGCCACCAAUUAAUGAAUUACGAUUUCAAAAUUCUGUACCAAUUGAACCAUGGGAUGGAAUUUUUUUUGCUGACAAUGAUUGUCCAAUUUGUUCACAAAUAUUAGAAAAUGGAACGUAUGUUGGUGUUGAAGAUUGUCUAGUUAUUAACGUCUACACCCCAAAGAUUGACACUAAAAAAUUGUUGCCUGUUAUGGUUUACAUUCAUGGUGGUGCAUUUGUCAGAGGUGAUUCAACACCUACAUCUGUUGGUCCAGAUUAUCUUCUUGAUCAUGAUGUUGUAUUGGUCAGUAUGAAUUAUAGACUUGGUGUACUUGGUUUUCUCAGUACAGGUGAUCAUUUUGCAUCGGGUAAUUUUGGAUUAAAAGAUCAGGCACUUGCAUUAAAAUGGGUACAACAGUAUAUUAAAUAUUUUGGAGGCAAUCCUGACAGUGUUACGUUAUUUGGAGAAAGUGCUGGUGGUGUUAGUGUUAAUUUUCAUGUACUUUCAACAGCAACAAAAGGUUUAUUUCAUCGUUAUAUUGCUCAAAGUGGAAGUGCAUUAUGUCCUUGGGCAUUUGCAGAAUCAACAACGUAUAAAAAAUACGCAACAUUACUUGGAGAAAAAUUUAAUUGUCCAACAAAUUCAUCAAAACAUCUUAUAAUGUGUUUGCAAAAUAUCAAUGUAUUUGAUAUUAUUCAUUCAAAUAUAUUUACUGGUCUACAAGGACUCACUGGAAUAACCUGGGUACCAACAGAUGAGCCUGACAAUGAGGAUGCUUUUUUAACUGAUGUUCCUCUUAAAAUGCUUCUUGAUGGUAAAAUACAAGAUCUACCAAGUAUAAGUGGUGGUGUUAAAGAUGAAGGACUUCUUGUUACAACUCUACUUUAUGCAAACGAGACAAUGUAUAACUCUUUGUUAGGAAAUUUUGAUGAAUUUUUAAAAUUAAUAACCGACACUUAUAUACCAAAAGGACAUUCUGCUAGUAUUGCAAAAAGUAUCAAGGAUUUUUAUUUUGAAGAUUUUAAUGUUCACGAUAUAGCUAAAGCAAACAAUGAAACAGCUUACAAACUUUGUGAGUGA